AUGGAAGACAUGAUGCCUGUACAAGCUCGCAGAAGUAGCCGCAAAGCAUGCAUGCGAUGUCACCGUCGCAAGCAAAGAUGUGUUGGAUAUCCCUCUUGUACAAGCUGUGAGGCAGCAAACCUGACUUGUCAACGGACGGCGCCAUCUUCGCGACGAUUUGCUAGACUUUCCAAGCAGGAGCUUCUUGACAAGCUGGACCUGAUCAUGGCCAACAGGAACGCCGCCGAAGCUUCGCCUGUCGCAUCACCGUCAAUGUUGAGCCCCUUGGCGCAAACUCCUCACCACGACGAAAGCAUGCUUGACAACAGUCGGGACGACCAAGUUUUGGGCGAAGACCACACAUUGACGGCUUCAGAGGUACAGUUUCCCGUACACACCACAUCGGAGGGAGAGUGUUCUAUGCAUGCAGCCUCAGAUACACAUCAUCGUGUCGACGCCGCCUCGGGUGAUAACAUCUGGGUCAGAGAGUCGUCUCACAUGACUGAUCGCCCGGGCGACAACGGCCUGUUCGUGAGGGAUUCCCCUCCAAACGACGAGCUUGGGGAGCAACUACUGGUCAUGUAUUUGAAGAACCUGCAUCGACGGACACCAUUUGUAAAUCUCGCCGAGAUCCUCGACGCGCAUGACAGAAGGCACCAGGGCUUUCUUGCCGAUGCUCGCUCAGAAUACCAUGGAUUUCUACUCUACAUGGUCUAUGCCAUUGGUGCAACUGUCUUGCAACUCACACGGCCCUGCUACAACUCGACUGCUUCUCCCGAGAAGUAUCUGGCUAGGGCGCUAGAUUUCAAAAGCAUGUGGAAAGGCGAGCAGCCGGUACGGGAGGUUGAGUCAACAUUGCUCCUGGUCUUCUACAAACUCCGAACAUCGUUGGAUUCUCGGGUUUGGUACCUCAUUGGACAUGCCGUCAGGACAGCCAUCGAUAUCGGGAUGCACCGUGAACAUUACUACCGGAAUUUAGAUCCUGAGACGGCGCAUUCGAGGCGUCGGCUGUUUUGGAGCGUAUAUUCGAUGGAGAGGAGGAUAGCGUGGUCUCUGAGACGUCCUUACAGCAUCGCGGAUCACGACAUCGAUACACUUGAAACGCAACCCACAGAUUACACCGUUCCCGACACCCUCUCAGCCGUCCGACUUGACAAGCAUACUUCAAGCCAUGGGCAUUCAUCAUCAUCACAAACCGAUAUUAUCCCUGCAUCGUACGCCGUCUUCGCAUUGACCCGAAUCACCUCUCGGGUUUACGUCGACAUCUAUAGCGUUGGCAAGGCGAGAUCCGACCUCAGAAAUGAAGUACCUUCCCUGCUGGAACAGUUCAAACAACUUGAACCUCUUCUGUCUGCAGUUCCCGACGUUGAUCGAGACUGGGUUCUGAUACACUACCAUGACUCAAUACGAAAAACCAUCGAGCCUGUGUUGAGGAUUCUCGAGCCACAAGAUGAACUGAUGCAACUCUGCCUGCAAGCUUCAGGUCGCAUGUGUCAGAUGUUCAAACGAAUGCGCAUGAAGACUCUCUGUAUCCACUCGUUCCUGAUGAUCAAUGCGCUCUUCAUUGCUGGAAUGAACAUGUGUUAUAUUCUCUUCAAAUCCCCUCGCCUCUGGAGCCCGACAGUUGCGAACGACCUUCGCUCUUGCUUUGCUGCCCUGGCCAUCCUGGCCGAGACCAAUUCGACCUUGAGAAAGUAUCGCGACGUGCUGGAUAACAUCAUCAACAGCACCAUGGAUCAUGUCGAACAGGCCUCGAACCUGGUAUCCGGCGCCAUAUGUCAGUGUGUCAAUUGCAAUCCCGGCGAUUCUUCUUCUAGAGAAGUCGGCGAAGAAGAGAACAACUGCUCGUCGACUUUCAAUCAACUCAGUGGCACUUUUACACGUUUGAACUUUGAGUUCCCUUCACAUUCAUAUCCGGAAUAUACGGUUGAUUCAUCAAUCUCAACCGGGGGCGCCAACAAUCGACCUCAUGAGGCAGCACCAUCCGAGGCAGCGACGACCAUGUCGCACCAGAAGGAGGGGGAGCUCAUUGACAACAACAACAACAACAACAACAACAACAACAACAACAACACUACUAGGCCUUUCGGUCAUCAUUUGUCGCACUGGACUAAUUCCCAAGGCCAUCAGCCGUCUUCUUACGUGCAACAACACGCCGCCGCGCCUGUCUCGUACUCGCGUGUGCCUGGGUAUGGGCAGGACAUUGAUAAUUUCCUCCUCCCUGAUCUAUGGGAUUUUUCUUUCAUGAACAACACAACACCAAUGGCCUUUGACACUGGCGAAGAUUUUUUAUAA